CUUCGACCACGCGCAUGGAGGAAAGGAGGUGUGUAUUCACCUUGGUCUCGGGUUAUCUGCCCACCUCAUUACGUCAUGAGAGCGACGGCACAGGGAUUUGUUAGCGUCAUCUAAAGGCGCCAGGCGGCCUGGCUAAAAGAAAUGGUGGUGUGCUGAACCCCGCGGAGCUUGGCUAUCGUCAUGGCCCUGAGGGUACUGACUCGCGCUUUGGGCUCACUGAGCCUGACGCCCCCGGCCGUCGCCACCCUCAGCUCGAGCCUGCUCCCGGCCGCGCAGGUGACAAGCAGUACUCUCCUCCAGCUGCCCUCUUCCUCAUUGUUGCUCCUCUGCCGCCCAGUGCUUACAUCUGUGGCCCUUAGUGCCAAUUUUGUGUCCUGGAAGAGUCGUACCAAGUACACCAUCACACCAGUGAAGAUGAGGAAGUCUGGGGGCCGAAACCACACAGGCCGAAUCCAAGUGCAUGGUAUUGGCGGGGGCCACAAGCAACGUUAUCGCAUGAUUGAUUUUCUGCGGUUCCGGCCUGAGCUGGAAGCAAAGCCAGGACCCUUUGAGGAGAAGGUCAUCGUGGUCCGCUAUGAUCCCUGUAGAUCAGCAGACAUAGCUCUGGUUGCUGGGGGCAGCCGGAAACGCUGGAUCAUUGCCACAGAAAACAUGCAGGUUGGAGAUAUAAUCCUGAACUCUGAUCACAUAGGCCGAAUGGCAGUUGCUGCUCGGGAAGGGGAUGCACAUCCUCUUGGGGCCUUGCCUGUGGGGACUCUCAUCAACAACGUGGAGAGUGAGCCAGGCCGGGGGGCCCAGUAUAUCCGAGCUGCAGGGACAUGUGGUGUGCUGCUACGGAAGGUGAAUGGGACGGCCAUCAUCCAGCUGCCUUCCAAGAGACAGAUGCAGGUUCUGGAAACGUGCAUGGCAACAGUAGGCCGGGUAUCCAACGUUGAUCAUAACAAAAGGGUCAUCGGCAAGGCUGGGCGGAACCGCUGGCUAGGCAAGAGGCCUUCCAGCGGGCUGUGGCACCGCAAGGGGGGCUGGGCUGGCCGCAAGAUUCGGCCACUGCCCCCUAUGAAGAGUUACGUGAAGCUGCCCUCGGCUGCUGCCCAAAGCUGAGAUCCCUGGAUUCUAAUAAAAUCACCCCUCAUUUUUA